AUGGCACAGCGAAGGCGGGGACGCCGUGGCAGCCACCUUCUCCUCGGCCUGGUCGGGGUCUUGGGCGCGAUGCGGCUGAUGGCUGAGAGGAUGGAGGUCGGCUUCGCGUGGUGGAGGAUGGAUCGGAUGGGUCCUCAUCCGCCACAGAGGGUGACAAGGACGGGCAGUUGGCGGGUGCCACACGCUUUGGCAGCAAAGAUUGUUGAAGUGAGCUCAGAGGAGCGAGAUGUGGCCUUCAUGGAGCGUUUGCGCUGCCUGGCGCGGGAGGCCCUCAGCUGGGCUUGGCUCACUCCGCAGCAACGGUUGGUGUGGGCCGCGGCCAUCGAACUGGAUGCCGUGCCUCUGCAGGAGCUGCCUCCGUGGUUUUUCGAACGCCACAACAUCACUCGUAGAUGUGCAGGCGUCGACCUCCUGAGCCUGGAUGGUCGCCACGCUGUGCGCUGCCUCGAUGGAGCGGUGCCCUUUACAGAAGUGCGGCGGUUCCCGCGAGUGGCGCGGUGGCUUUACAAGGCUGCCAAUUGCUCACUGGUAACGCCGACGUCACGGUUGCCGAAACAAUCCAAAGCAUGGCUCGAAUGCUCUUGUGCCCAGCAUCGCGCUAUCCUAAAGCCAGACUUGCGGAGGCUGGCUUCUGGCGGCAGCACCUCCAUUGCUGAGGAUGUGGAUGGCAGGGGUCCACCUCUGAGGCCAUGUCAAAAAGACUGCUUGGAGGCUUGUGCAGAGGGUGCACGGGUCAUUGAGAUGGCGUGCGGCACAGGGAAGACACGGGUCAUCAAGGAGAUUGUCAAGAACAUUUCUGGAAGGGUCUUGAUCACAGUGCCCUUGCGUGCCUUGCUUGACCAGCUUGCCCCGGACUUCCCCGGCUUCUGCAAAGUGGGCACGGGUCACAACAAGAAGAUCAGCUUCGAUGCCCAGGGGUUUAUAGCUGUGACGGAUUCUGUUCAUUUGCUCCAGAACUUGCACUUUGACUCGAUCUUUGUUGAUGAAGCACACCAUCCUCAGCCAUCCGGCAUGCCUAAAGGCAACCAGACGUAUCAGUUCUCUGCUACUCACAAAAACGCGCCCGACUUUCACUACAGCAUGGGACAGGCGAUUGAAGAUGGUGUUCUUUCUGAUUAUGACAUCACAGUACCGGCAAUAAGCCAAUGCCAUGCAUAUGUAUGCUUGGCGAAUUUGUUGCUCAAGCAAGCUGGACGUUUUCGCCGCGUGCUUGCUUACUGCAACACUGUAUCUGAGGCAAGACGGUUCCGUAUGGUGUUGGAGGGGUUGGGCCUUGCUGCGUGGCACAUGAAUGCCAGAACACCGCUGAAGAGACGACAAGACACAAUGGAGGAGUUUGCUGGCGACUUGAAGAAACCAGUGCAUGUCCUUGUGACCGUGGAGGUCUUGGGAGAGGGGAUUAACAUUCCGAAUGCGGACACGUGUAUGUUCGUGGAGCCGCGACGAAGCUACAGGAGCAUUGUGCAAGCCAUUGGGCGGGUAUUACGAGAUCACCCUUCCAAGCUGAUUGCACACAUUGUGCUGCCAGCAGUGACGCUGCCCAAGCGCAAGCCAUAUAGCUCAGUUGCACGGCAAGUCGAUAGUGACGAGGAAUACCCAUCAAGCGUGUUCUCAGCCCUUCGUGCAGACCUGAAGGAAGCAGGAGACCAAGUGUUCCACAAGAAGGAUGUGCAGACUGCGCGUGGAGUUGACAAAGUUCACAGUGAAGCUGACAAGUCGUACAGUGACGUGCAGGACUUUGCCCAUGGCAAUUCUGACCUGUCAAAACAUGAGGUUGAGGAAGCAGCUAAAUCUAGCCACUCAAGUCGGCAUCAACACUUCACUGUUCCAAACCGUGAACCUUCGGUGAGGGCGGUACCCUCGCCCCAUGAAGAGCCACACCUUGAGCGCUGGAAUUCCAAUCGGUCGGGACAUAAUGAGAAAGAGGAUGGUGGCGAGAGAGUUUGGGAGACAAAGAAAGGCUUUCGAGCCACAACUAGGCGUGCUGCGGCAAGUCAUGCUAAACUCCAAGAGGCUCUUUCAAACCCAAGCAGUGACAGACAUCUGAAAGGUGCGAGCACCACCUGGAACGGCCGAGGGUUGAAGCAGACAAAUGGCAAGAGUGGAUGCGUCCAAACAGAACCGUUGGAUAGUUUUCAUGCUCCAGGCUCCAGUGAAAGCACAAGGCCAGGGCCUACAGGACAUCACGCUAGAAGUCUUCAUCGAGCCAGCGGUGCUCCAGGUGGAGAUGCCUAUUGCAAUGAGACGGUUAGUGCUGCUACCUUUGAUGGUUCGAUGUGGCACGAUGAGCCUGGAGAGGAGAUUCAGCGUGUUGCUGAUCUAGCAGUUGGAAUGAGACAGCAUGAAGUGGCGCAAGGCGAGUUUGGAGGGCAACGAUCAUUUGUUACGUUCAAAGGCCACACACGUGAUGCAGCCUUUAGCGCGGAGUAUGGCUCUCAGCUAGAGCGAUUCUUGGAACUGCUGAUGCGAGCAGACAGCCGCUUGGUCGGAGCUGCUCCAGGAAGAAUCCACAUUGUCGAUUGCAGCUUGGGGUUGGAAAGGGAGCUUGGGCUAGAUUGUGUGAUGGAGGAGGUGCAAAGCCGGUUGAUGGACGUGUUGUGCCAGGCAGAUCCGUGGGAGACUCGCCUUAAACAUGUGGAAACCUUUGCUGCUGAGCACGGCAGGCUUCCUCGGCAGGGAGUUGACGGUAUUGAUUUUGCCGAAGCAGUGCUGGGAAAUUGGUUGCACAACCAAGGGAGAAACUUGCAAUUGCAGGUGCUGCCACCUCACCGACUUCACAGAUUGCUCAACGCACGGUCGCCUCUCAUCCGACAUCGAGCCCAGCGUUGGGCAGCUGGCGGCCAGGCUGGUAACUUUUGGCAACAAUGCGAAAAGCUGAAGCAGUACAUUGAGGUGUUCGGAUGCCUCCCGACAAAGACAAUUCAAGAUAUUGAAGGUCCCCAUUACAAACUGGCAGCGUGGUUGUAUUCAUUUCGUUCUACAGGAGCUUAUGCAUUACCUCAGAGAAGGAAGAUGCUGGUUGACAUACAUCCUCUUGUGAAAGCCUUGGUGCAGAAAUGGGAAGAGGCACCCAUAGAGGUAGAUGCAGCCACAUGGCAGGGCAAACUUGAGCAGGUGGAGCGGUUUGUGCAGGUGCACGGGCGCUUACCAAAGUAUUCCGACCGAUCGACGGGAGUCCAAUUCCAAUGGUUGGGGAAACAAUUUCUGUUGCACCGUCGUGGAGUUUUGCCAUCUGAACUGUCAGAGCAACUCCGCCGCUCUCAUCGACUGAUCGCUGCAGCCUGCAAGAGACGCAGGAAAGUAGGGCGAAAAGAUCAAAAGGGUAAUAAGUUUCAACGGUCUAGCUCGCAGGCUUGA